GAGAAAAGAGCGCAUGUCGGCCGAUGCAGAGACGAUGGUGCUUGAUGCGUGGUUGGCGAGCAAGACGGGCGAGUCUAGAAAGUGGGCCAAGACUCAGAUUGCUGAUGGCAAGGUCGACGUCAAUGGGGCGAUUGUGAAGGUGCGUGCGUAUGUAGUGCAUGAUGGUGACGUAAUAACGGUGACGGUGGCAAGCGAUGACGGCGGCGAUGAGCACGAGUACGCGGCCACGGUUGGUAAGCCGCUGUCGGCCGAGUGGCCUUGGACAGCGGGAGACGGGGCCGGUGGGAGCGGGAAGAGCGGGAAGAAGGGACGAUUUCUGGGCGCUGACAAGGCGCUCAACAAGAUCCAGUGGGAUCCGCGACUCAGGGACAAGACGUGGGUCGUCGGGUACGAGGAUCGGUUCACAGGCGUCCAAGAGAUGCCGCUCGCCGCCUGGCUCGCCGGGCUCGACGAAGGCCUCGGCUCCAUCCCGACCCACCGCAUCCGCCAUCUCUCCGGUGAUGGUGUUGUUCUUUGGGACCGCCAGGCGCGGCUUAAUCUUCUGGAUGGAGAGUAAAGUCAGCACACGAUAGU